AUGUGCAUGAGUCUUUUAGUUCUCUUUGUUGCUCUAUUCCUGCACCUAUUACACUCGUCGUUCGAUGACCUGCUAAACUCUAAGACUUAUGGCGCUAAAUGCAAAUUUGUGCCAUAUACGCAAGUUUCCGAUGGCUCCGAAAUUAAACAGCAUGCUGUAGAACAGACCGAAAUAAACAGAAUAGGCUCGUUACCACAUAUUCAGCACACUGCAGGCAUCCCUUGCCAAACAUUCACGAGGAAUUUCCACAAUGUUGGUCCGGAUGCGCAGACGGAGCCAGAGCAUAACGUAGCACUAGUGGAUGAAGCAUACGCGAUUCUGCAUUGA